UUAUUAUCGUAAGUACACGGCGGGAGUUUUUAAAUACGGCUUUUAGAUAUGAUCAGCUGUCAAAACUAAAGAAGUAAAUAAUAAAAAAAUACUUGGACGGGAACUGAUCGAGCACAGUAAUUUUUUUUUAUCAAUUAUUUUUUUAUCAAGAUUUUGAGAAUAAAUAAUAAUCAUGUUUUGGAGAAAUAAAAUUUUGCUUAAUAAUUUUGAGUUUUGUAAAUCUUGGAGGGUGAUUGAAAAAAAAUUUUUCCAUCAUGAAAGACUCGUUUUUGGAAAUGAGGUUAAUUUAGCUAAAAAAACUAACUCGCCAAUUGUUGCAUUGGAGUCGACGAUAAUUACUCACGGAAUGCCGUAUCCAGAUAAUUUUAAAACGGCGAUGAGUAUUGAGGAAAUUAUUAGAAAACAGAAUGUGACUCCGGCAACUAUUGGAAUAAUUGAUGGCGAAAUCCAUGUGGGGAUGAACGAGGAGCAAAUCCAUAAACUAUCAAAGCCGGAUACUAAAACGUUUAAAUGCUCAGCGAGAGAAAUUUGCUCGAUAGCAGCUGGUGGUUUAAACGGCGGAACGACCGUAGGAGCAACUGUUACGAUAGCAAAUCUCGCCGGAAUAGCUGUGAUGGCAACCGGUGGCAUUGGAGGUGUUCAUAGAAAUGCUGAAAAUACAUUUGAUAUUAGCUCUGACUUGAUUGUUAUGAGUCACACUCCGGUUUCUGUUGUUUGUGCUGGACCAAAAGCCAUUCUAGAUAUUCCAAAAACUCUUGAAUUUUUGGAAACGCAUGGAGUACCUGUGAUAUCAAUAGGCACGAAAAUGUUUCCGGCAUUCUACAGCAGAACUACCGUCGAUAAAAUUCCAGCACCGAUGACCAUUCCAGGAGCCAGAGAAGCUGCGAAGUGCAUUAACGUCCAGCGGAUGAUGAAACUAAGCUCCGGUUUGAUAUUCGCCGUCCCGAUCCCCGAAGCCGCAGCUUUAGAGCCUUCUGAAAUAGAAGGAUUAAUCGAAACAGCUCUCAGAGAGGCUGAGUCGAACAAGAUAACCGGAAAAGAAGUAACUCCGUAUCUACUGAAGCGAGUUAAAGAGCUUACCUCCGGAAAAUCAUUAUCUGCAAAUAAAGCGCUUAUUGAAAACAACGCCAGAGUCGCCGCAGAAAUAGCUACCGAGCUGUAUAAUUUAUCAUCUCAGCUCAAUCCCGCGCCUGGCCCCAAAUCCGCUCUAUCAACAGCCAUCAAUCAAAAGGAUCAAGUUGUCGUGAUCGGGGGAGCUGUGGUGGAUAAUAUUUUACAAGUGGAAGAACCAAUUAUCAAAUUUGACGGCCGGACAAAUAAAGGAGUUAGUAGGAAAAGUUUUGGAGGAGUGGCCAGAAAUAUUGCCGCUAGUCUUCUGGCUUUGGGAGUUGGACAGACUAAAUUUAUUACUGUUGUCGGUGAUGAUCAAUCAGGCCUGGAAAUUUUUCGGAGCUUUGGCAAGAAUGGACGGAUCAAGAUUCUGUCAGGUUCUAAUACUGCGAGAUACACCGGAAUAAUAGAUAUAAAUGGCGAGUGUCACUUUGGAUUCGGUGAAAUGGACUUGCUAAACUCAAUAGAGCCGAAUUUAGUUCGAGAUAAUCGAUCGGGAUUUGAGAAAGCUAAACUUAUAGUUCUGGACGGCAACCCAUCAUUGGAAACGAUCAACGAGGUCAUCGACAUUGCAGUUAAUUGCUCGGUACCAGUUUGGUACGAGCCAACAGAUGUCAAAAAAGCUUGCAAAAUAUUCGAAAAUGAUAAAUGGAGAAGUGUACUUAGAUUUAUUUCACCGAACGUCAAGGAAUUAUUCACGAUCGCUGAGUAUUUUUCACUGAUUAAAUCGAAAAUCAGGAAUUUUAAUGAAGAUCAUGUUGAUGUUAAUGAAGUAAAGGAACUGACUGAACGACUGGUGGAGUACAUUCCUGCUGUAAUUACUACGGUGGGCUACAGAGGAUUGUUGGUUGCCCGAAAAUUCUCAGACCAGGACCAACUAUACAAUCUCCUUGACCUUCAAAAAACUCAUCCAAGCAAUCAAUCCAAGAUACAAAGUAAAUUAUACCCGCCUUUGGUACAAAUUACCCAGGAGCAAUUGAAGCAAAAUAAAUUCAGCGUGAGCGGAUGCGGGGAUUGUUUGGCUGGUGGAAUAAUCACCGGAAUGCUGAAACAAUUAAACGACGAAUCUUGUAUUUAUCUUGGACUCCAAGCAGCAGCAACAUCUCUCCAGUCCUUGGAAACCGUCCCUACUGCUGCAUUGAAUCAAUUGAUCAACCCAACCAUUUAAUUUAACUUAAAAUAAAACAAAAAAAUUUUUUCAA